AUGAACAACAACUCCAGAAUUCUUCAACAACAAAAAAAUCCAAGAAAACGAAAAACUAACAUACAUAUAGCAGACUUUACGGAAACAAACCCAGCUAACGGAUCAUCAUUAUAUGAAGUCCCAAUCACUUACCAAGCAACAAAUGACAAUCCAGAAUCCAGUAAACGUGGCCAUCCAAUUACCAAACUUAAAACAAGGCAACAAAAAAAAGGACAACAAAACAAUACCAACACAGGCGGAAAACAGAAUAUCGUUGGUAUGGAAAGCAACUCAGGUUACGCCAACUUUGACGAGUCAAAUCUCUAUGAUGUAGACUUAGCAACAUCAUCAGAAUACAAAAAGAUGAGAAAGUCUUUAUAUGAUAGCAAAAACGGAAUAUCAAAAGAAUACAUCGACAUGUACGACCCAACCUAUAUCUGUGACUCAUGUCAAGCAAUGCUAUGGUACGGAGAAGCCAUCAGAGGAAACACAGAUUUAAAGAAAAAAUCGUACUCAUUGUGUUGUUCAAGGGGAAAAGUUCAGCUGCCCAAGCUAAAAGAACCACCGACUAUGUUAGCUCAACUAUUCCAUGGUAAGAACCCACAGAGUAAAGAUUUCAUCGAAAACAUAAGACAAUACAACACGAUGUUUAGCUUUACGUCAAUGGGUGGAAAGAUAGAUCACACAUACAACAAAGGAGGAGGCCCAUACAAUUUCAGGAUGCAUGGCCAAAACUAUCAUUCAAUUGGAAGUUUGAUGCCUCGAACGGGACAAAAACCUAAGUUCUUACAACUUUAUAUAGUCGACACCGACAAUGAAGUAUCUCACAGAUUUUCGGCAUACAGUGACAGCUCAGAAAAUAAAGGAUCAAUCACAGAUCCAAAUUCAAUACCAUUUUUAACUGUUCAUCAACUGAAAGGGAUGUUAGAUAUCACCAACCCUUUAGUGAAGCAAUUUCGCAUGGCAAGAGACCGGAUAUCGAUGAACAACAGGGAGGCUGUCAAACUCAUAUUGGUUGGGCGCAGAGGCAAAGAUGGAAGGACAUACAAUCUGCCUACUACAAACGAAGUCGCGGCAUUGAUUAUUGGCGACAUAAACGGCUCCGGUGAUAAAAGAGACAUAAUAUUAGAAACAAAAUCAGGCAACUUGCAAAGAAUCAAUGAGUUACAUCCGUCAUAUCUCGCUUUACAAUAUCCAUUACUAUUUCCGUUUGCUGAAGACGGAUACAGAAUUGAUAUACCACUAAGGGAUGUAGAAGACCUAAACGGACCAGGGAGAACAAGAGUUUCGAUGAGGGCUUUCAUCGCAUAUAGAAUCCAACAGAGGCACCAAGAAGAAUCUUUAAUUCUAAUGUCAAGGAAACUGCUUCAACAGUUCCUGGUUGACACGUAUACCAUGGUUGAAAAUGAUCGAUUGUAUUACGUGAAAUGCAAUCAAAAAACACUAAGGGUGGCUGAUGAAGACACUAUAUGUAAAGCAGCUGAAUCGGGUCAGAAAGAUGCCUCAAAAAUGGGUACCCAAAUAUUUUUGCCUUCUUCUUUCACCGGCGGGGCAAGAUACAUGCAGCAGAACUACAUGGAUGCCAUGGCCCUUUGCAACCAUGUUGGGUAUCCAGAUCUAUUUAUAACAUUUACCUGCAAUCCCAAAUGGCCCGAGAUCUGUAGAUUCUUAGAAAAGAACGGACUUAAAUCAGAAGACAGACCGGACAUACUCACAAGAAUGUUCAAGAUGAAGCUUGAUCACCUGAUCAAAAACAUAGAAGAUGAACACAUACUCGGGAAAGCCAGCGGAGUUGUGUACACCGUGGAGUUUCAAAAACGCGGACUACCUCAUGCCCAUAUCUGUUUAUUCUUUGAGGAACCCGACAAGUUAAGAAACCCAGAAGACAUCGACCGUGUUAUAUCAGCUGAGAUCCCAGACGAAGAAGUUGAUAGAGAGUUUGUCGUCGGUUACAACCCAAAGCUCCUGAAGCAGUAUCAAGGACACAUGAACAUAGAAUGGUGUAACAAACUCGGAGCGAUUAAGUAUUUGUUUAAAUACAUCAACAAAGGCCCGGACAGAAUAACAGUUGGUUUCCCCAAAAAAAAGCAACAAUCAAACAAGGAGAACCAAAAAGAAAAUGAUGUGGACGAGGUUGCGGCCUUCUAUGACUGCCGUUACAUAUCCGCGUGUGAAGCAUCCUGGAGAUUAUUUGCUUAUGAUAUACACUAUCAGAAACCCCCCGUUCAAAGAUUAUCCUUCCACAUUAAAAACCGGAAACCGAUCGUCUUUGAUCAGCACGACCAGAUAGCCGAUGUAGUUACAAAGCACACAGUCAAGGAUUCCCAGUUUAUACAAUGGAUGGAAUGCAACAAGAACAACGAAGAGGCAAGAGGUUUGACUUAUGCCAAAUUCCCGACCAAAUUUAAAUGGAACACGAAAGACAAAAAAUGGACAAGAAGAACCCAAGGGUCGUCUAUCGGCAGGAUCAACUACGUGUCUCCAAAGCAUGGAGAAACGUACUAUCUUAGAAUGUUACUGAACAAAAUUAAAGGCCCAACAUGUUAUAAGGACCUGAAAACCGUACAUGGGAAAGUCUACAAAACGUACAAAGAAACUUGCUACGCGUUGGGCCUAUUGGAUGGUGACGAGGAGUACAUCCAAUCGAUUAAGGAGACAAGUACCUGGGCUACAGGCUCAUAUUGCCGAUCCUUAUUUGUCAUGCUCAUAACAUCAGACAGUUUGUCGCGGCCCGAAUACGUCUGGGAUAAAACAUACGACAACCUCACCGAAGACAUACUUGCUAUCCGAAGAAAAGAGCUUAAUGAACCAGAUUUGGAGCUAGACCAGGAGGCCAUCAAACAUAUAGCAUUGGCAAAAAUCGAAAACAUGCUCCUCGCAAGUGGAAUGAGCUUGAAAGACAUACCAAACAUGCCCUGCCCAGAUUUCAGAUACAUCAAUAUGGCAUGCAACAUGCUCAUUCAGGAUGAACUCAAUUAUGAUAAAAAAAAUUGCAUAUCGAGCAUCAAGCAUUACAUGCGAGCCUGA